UGGAAAUACUGCUGCUCUGUUGGAAUGAAGUUGGCGGCAGUUCAUGAAUUCGAUGAUUUGAAAUGUCUUUCAAAAAUGGUCAACAGAUAUCCUGAAGCAUUUUAUCCCCUUCAAACAAGUCGAGAUUUUUGGACUUCUGGAACGAACUCGGAGUGCGCCGGUCCUCAUUACUGGUGUUCUGAUGUUGAAAAGUUGAAUUUGGACCGCUUGCCUAACUGGAAAGGCGGCCGUUUGCCUUCCCAGGAGGCCGGAAACUGUAUUUUCAUCAAUCUGUCCAACGUCACUGCGAAUGCGUCAGUGCUGGGAGCUGACGCGUGUUCGGCGCAAAAACAAUUCCUCUGCGAGGUGCUACAAACUGGAAAUAAAUCCGUACAAAUCAAAAGGGGUUGUCAGGAUGUGUGGGACGUUAGUGACCUAGAAAUCGAAGAGUAUAUCAUGAACAUCUCUGCGUUGCAAUCUCCAAUCAAAAGAAAUAUAAUGUGCUACUUGAGAUGCUGCGGAAUUCGCGGAGAAGUGAUAAAAAAUGGCCAACUGUUGACUGAACACGUAAUUCGAGACUUGGAAGAACUGACUUCUGAUGAUCCAUCCCUGAUGCAGUCAUCAUUUAACGGAUACGAAAAAUGCUCAUCAAUUUAUGACAUCGAUGAGUGCAGGAUGUAUUCAGAAAUGUUUUACUGCGGCAAGAAAACUGACCCAACCCUAACAAUGGCAUUGCUGGACUCCAACAAAGAAGGACCAAAUGUCGUGACAUCACCAACAGGAGCAAUAAACACAAAAUACCGAACUUGUUUAGAUUUGGCUCCCUGUGUUACUAAUGACACGGCUGUUAAUGAGUUGCAAUCGACUGGAAAAUGGGCUGGAGGAGAUUUGUUUCAAACAUCAACCGGAAAAACAUAUUACUUUAGACGUUCUGUCAAAAUGUCAUAUAGUUUGAUGCAAGCUGAAUGUUGUAAAAUCGGAUCGCAUAUGGCGAUAUUCACUACCCUUGCAGACUUUAAAGCGUGGAUGGGAACCAUGGUGCCGGUGUUAGGGACAUCAACUGCUUGGAUCGUCAUCGGCGCCACGUUUGAUAAUGGGGACGGAACAGACAGCUGGUGUCUCAAUUACGAAAGGCUCCCCUACGGAAUAUUAAAAGACAUCAACAGAUUUUAUCGUUCCCUGCUCAACACACCUAAUAGAAUCUACUUAAAUAAAAAUGGCGCAACAAUAGCAGGAACUAAUGUUACGUCCGUUGGGGCAGGCCACUUUGUAUGUGGCCCUCUGACUUUCUGAAGAAAUGGAAAAAAGAUAAAUCAAAUUCUUCACUCACUUAAAUUUAAUAACGUGUAAUGCUAAUUGUGUAGAUCCUCAUUCAGUUUUUCCUAACUUUUUAAUCUAACCAGUAGGAAUGAUCCCUUAAAUCGAUUUGUAAUUAGCCUUUUAGUGUGGCACAUGACAAAGUGAGCUCAAUAUAUUGUUUCAAACAUUUUCUGCUUGUCAUUUUUGCAUUAUUUGUUGGUGUGAUUUAAAUUAAAAUAAUAUUUUAUUGUUUUCCACUGUAAUGUUUUGAAUCAUGAGCAAUAAACAACAAUAAUAACAGUCAUACUUAA